UGAAAGGUAGACGAUAUAGGUGACUGGAAAUUCCCAUUUCUCAGCAGCACUGAACACAACGUUGGGUGAAAGUCGUCAUUUUUUCCUCAUCUUGCAAAUACUGAACCACCUUAUAACAGGAAGGAGACAUGCCAAGCAACAACAAUUUUGCGUUUGUGAGUAAAUGGUAUGCCUUUGGGGAUAUCGUAGACUUGGAAGAAAGACUAUGCCUCGGCGAUAGGCUGGAGUUCGACCGCAAUGGUCUUUACGCACACUGGGGUAUAUACGUCGGUAGAUACAAAUGGAUGGAACACGCUGUCGUCCACUUCGGUAUAUUCGAAGGAGGGGCGGCAUUCUCCAAAAAGAAGACAUCAGGCAGUGCAUCCUCUGCCAGUCAAAAGCCUGAAAUACUAGCUGAUGCCAUUGGGAGGAUUCUCGACGGUGACAAGGUGAGGAUCAACAACUCAAGAGAUAAUCAAGUAGAGCCUUUGGAUCCCGACGACUUGAUUGAAGAAGCAAAAAAGAUGCACCGUGACAAAACGCCGAUAGAUUACAGGCUCCUCAGCAGUAAUUGCGAGCACUUCGUGAAUCUUUGUCGGUAUAACAGACCCCACAGUGAGCAGAUUCCUCCAGGAGUUGAGAUGAUUCUGAAUAUAUGGAAUUUUCUUCGAUACAACAUACCCCACAGUGUGCAGAUUUCUCGAGGAGUUGAGAUGGUUCUGAAUAUAUGGAAUUUUUUUCGAUACAACAUACCCGACAGAGAGCAGGUUUCUCCAAUAGCUAAGCUUGUUCUCAUUGAGGCAGCCUUAGUUGUCUUCGCCGUGAAGAUAAGUCCAGAUGCUUGA